UUCGGAGGCGCCCGGCUCUCCUGGAGGGGCGGCGGAGGGGGCGGGCUGGCCGGCGCACGGUGAUGUGGCGGGACUCUUUGUGCACUGCGGCAGGAUACGCGCUUGGGCGUCGGGACGCGGCUGCGCUCAGCUCUCUCCUCUCGGAAGCUGCAGCCAUGAUGGAAGUUUGAGAGUUGAGCCGCUGUGAGGCCAGGCCCGGCGCAGGCGAGGGAGAUGAGAGACGGCGGCGGCCGCGGCCCAGAGCCCCUCUCAGCGCCUGUGAGCAGCCGCGGGGGCAGCGCCCUCGGGGAGCCGGCCGGGCGGCGGCGGCGGCAGCGGCGGCGGGCCUCGCCUCCUCGUCGUCUCUUCUAACCGGGCAGCCUCUGAGCGGCUUCGGAGAGAGACGGUGGAAGCCGUGGGCUCGGGCGGGAGCCGGCGCAGGCUCGGCGGCUGCACCUCCCGCUCCUGGAGCGGGGGGGAGAAGCGGCGGCGGCGGCGGCGGCCGCGGCUCCGGGGAGGGGGUCGGAGUCGCCUGUCACCAUUGCCAGGGCUGGGAACGCCGGAGAGUUGCUCUCUCCCCUUCUCCUGCCUCCAACACGGCGGCGGCGGCGGCGGCACGUCCAGGGACCCGGGCCGGUGUUAAGCCUCCCGUCCGCCGCCGCCGCACCCCCCCUGGCCCGGGCUCCGGAGGCCGCCGGAGCAGGCAGCCGCUGCGAGGAUUAUCCGUCUUCUCCCCAUUCCGCUGCCUCGGCUGCCAGGCCUCUGGCUGCUGAGGAGAAGCAGGCCCAGUCGCUGCAACCAUCCAGCAGCCGCCGCAGCAGCCAUUACCCGGCUGCGGUCCAGGGCCAAGCGGCGGCAGAGCGAGGGGCAUCAGCGACCGCCAAGUCCAGAGCCAUUUCCAUCCUGCAGAAGAAGCCUCGCCACCAGCAGCUUCUGCCAUCUCUCUCCUCCUUUUUCUUCAGCCACAGGCUCCCAGACAUGACAGCCAUCAUCAAAGAGAUCGUUAGCAGAAACAAAAGGAGAUAUCAAGAGGAUGGAUUCGACUUAGAUUUGACCUAUAUUUAUCCAAAUAUUAUUGCUAUGGGAUUUCCUGCAGAAAGACUUGAAGGUGUAUACAGGAACAAUAUUGAUGAUGUUGUAAGGUUUUUGGAUUCAAAGCAUAAAAACCAUUACAAGAUAUACAAUCUAUGUGCUGAAAGACAUUAUGACACCGCCAAAUUUAACUGCAGAGUUGCACAGUAUCCUUUUGAAGACCAUAACCCACCACAGCUAGAACUCAUCAAACCCUUUUGUGAAGAUCUUGACCAAUGGCUAAGUGAAGAUGACAAUCAUGUUGCAGCAAUUCACUGUAAAGCUGGAAAGGGACGGACUGGUGUAAUGAUUUGUGCAUAUUUAUUGCAUCGGGGCAAAUUUUUAAAGGCACAAGAGGCCCUAGAUUUCUAUGGGGAAGUAAGGACCAGAGACAAAAAGGGAGUAACUAUUCCCAGUCAGAGGCGCUAUGUAUAUUAUUAUAGCUACCUGUUAAAGAACCACCUGGAUUACAGACCAGUGGCGCUGUUGUUUCACAAGAUGAUGUUUGAAACUAUUCCAAUGUUCAGUGGCGGAACUUGCAAUCCUCAGUUUGUGGUCUGCCAGCUAAAGGUGAAGAUAUAUUCCUCCAAUUCAGGACCCACACGACGGGAAGACAAGUUCAUGUACUUUGAGUUCCCUCAGCCAUUGCCUGUGUGUGGUGACAUCAAAGUAGAGUUCUUCCACAAACAGAACAAGAUGCUCAAAAAGGACAAAAUGUUUCACUUUUGGGUAAAUACGUUCUUCAUACCUGGACCAGAGGAAACAUCAGAAAAAGUGGAGAACGGGAGCCUCUGUGAUCAGGAAAUUGACAGUAUUUGCAGUAUAGAACGUGCAGAUAAUGACAAGGAAUAUCUAGUACUUACCUUAACAAAAAAUGAUCUUGACAAAGCAAACAAAGACAAGGCCAACAGAUACUUUUCUCCAAAUUUUAAGGUGAAAUUAUACUUUACAAAAACAGUAGAGGAACCAUCCAAUCCAGAGGCUAGCAGUUCAACUUCUGUGACACCAGAUGUUAGUGACAAUGAACCUGAUCAUUACAGAUACUCUGACACCACUGACUCUGAUCCAGAGAAUGAACCUUUUGAUGAAGAUCAGCAUUCACAAAUUACAAAAGUCUGAUUUUUUUUUUUUUUAAUCAAGAGGGAUAAAAUACCAUGAAAAAAAAAAAAACUUGAAUAAACUGAAAUGGACCUUUUUUUUUUUUUUUUUUUUAAAUGGCAAUAGGACAUGUGUCAGAUUGCAGUUAUAGGAACAACUCUCUUUUCCUGACCAAUCUUGUCUCACCCUAUCCAUCCACAGGGUUGGCACUGGUUGUCCAGUUGAAAACGCUUGUGUAGCUGUGUCAUGUAUAUACCUUUUUGUGUCAAAAGGACAUUUAAAAUUCAAUUAGGAUAAAUAAAAAUGGCACUUUCCCAUUUUAUUCCAGUUUUAUAAAAUGUGGAGACAGACUGAUGUGUAUACGUAGGAGUUUUUCCUUUUAUUUUCUGUCACCAGCUGAAGUGGCUGAAGAGCUCUGAGUCCCAGGUUCACGUCCUACCCCCUUGCACUUGUGGCAACAGAUAAGUUUGCAGUUGGCUAAGAGAAGUUUCUUACAAGGUUUUGCUACAUUCUAAUGCAUGUUCUUGGGUUGAGGGAAUGGAGGGAAUGUUCAGAAAGGAGUAUUUUUAGCUGGGCUCUGGACCAUAUACCAUCUCCAGCUACUUACACACACCUUUCUUUAGCAUGCUACAGUUACUAAUCUGGACAUCCAAGAAAUUGGCCGCUGUCACUGCUUGUUGUUUGUGCAUUUUUAAGAGCAUUAUUGGUGCUAGAAAAGGCAGCUAGAGCGAUUACAUUUGUAUUGGGGUACAGGAAUGAACCUUCUACAACAUCUUAAGAAUCCACAAAUGAAGGGAUAUAAAAAUAACGUGGUCAUAGAUAAGAGACACAGCAGCAAUGACUUAACCAUACAAAUGUGGAGGCUAUGAACAAAGAAUGGGCUGGAAACAGAAAAAUUGACAAUGAUUUAUUCAGUAUGCUUUCUCAGUUGUAAUGACUGCUCCAUCUCCUGUAAUCAAGGCCAGUGCUAAAAGUCAGAUGCUAUUUGUACCUACAUCAGUCAACAACUUACAUCUAUUUUUAUUAAUUUUCAAUCAUAUACCUACUGUGGAUGCUUCAUGUGCUGGCUGCCAGUUUCUUUUUCUCGUUAAAUAUAAAAUAUUUUGUAAUUCUUCACAGGAAAUUUCAAUUUGAGAUUCAACAGUAAGCAGUUUUUUUUUUUUCUACAAAGAUGGAUGUUGCACUUACUCAGUCCAGUAGCUGUCAGGUGCCCCACCCACCCUUUGACCUUACACAUUCUAUUACAAUGAGUUUUGCAGUUUUGCACAUUUUUUAAAUGUCAUUAACUGUUAGGGAAUUUUACUUGAAUACUGAAUACAUAUAAUGUGUAUAUUAAAAAGUCAUUGUUUGUGUUGAAAAGGAGAUUAGAGUUGCAGUCAAUUUCCAGCACGCACAAAUAAUGAGGCAUUUACGUUUCCAGUAGGAAUUGUCCUACAGAUGCUUUAUUGACUUGCUAUUGAAAGAGUAAACCUUUUUAAUGUGCAGUGUUGAGUGACUCUUUAUAGUGGUAGAGUUGGGAUUAGGGCUUCAAUUUUACUUCUUAAAUAUCAUUAUAUGUUCGAUAUGCCCAGACUGCAUACAAUUUAAAGCAAGAGUACAACUACUAUUGUAAUGGUAAUGUGAAGAUACUAUUAAAAAGAUUUUUUUUUUUUUCCUGGGAAUUUGGUGUCUUUCAAAUUAGACCUUGACAUUUGAAUAUCCAGCCAUUAUAUUUCUUAAUGGUGUGAAGUCCCAUUUUCAAUAACUUAUUGGUGCUGAAAUUGUUCACUAGCUGUGGUCUGACCUAGUUAAUUUACAAGUACAGAUUGCAUAGGACCCACCAGAGAAGCAUUUAUAGUUUGAUGGUAAGUAGAUUAGGCAGAACAUCAUCUAAAAUAUUCUUAGAAAAUAAUGUUGAUGUAUUUUCCAUACCUCAUCAGUUUCACUCAACCAAUAAAAAUUUUUAAAAUUGUAACAAAGCUAUUAGGAUUACACAUUUAUAUUUAAACAUUGAUACAUGAAUAUUGAUUGACUGUUGAUAAAGUGAUAAAGUUAGAGACAACUUUUCCUACGAUCUCAUCAUUGAAAUUUGUAUACCACCUUGUCUUUCCUAAAAGCUGAAAGUGGUUGACUAAAAUAAAAAGCAGCUAUUGGUGUUUUGGAGAUAGUGACGAACACUGUUCUUUGUUAGUUUUGGGCACAGCAUGCUAAACUAUAACUUGUAUUGUUCCAAUUUGUAACACAGAGGGCCAGGUCAUGAAUAAUGACAUUACAAUGGGCUGUUGCACUGUUAAUAUUUUUCCUUUGGAAUGUGAAGGUCUGAAUGAGGGUUUUGAUUUUGAAUGUUUCAGUGUUUUUGAGAAGCCUUGCUUACAUUUUAUGGUGUAGUCAUUGGAAAUGGAAAAAUGGCAUUAUAUAUAUAUUAUAUAUAUAAAUAUAUAUUAUACAUACUCUCCUUACUUUAUUUCAGUUACCAUCCCCAUAGAAUUUGACAAGAAUUGCUAUGACUGAAAGGUUUUUGAGUCCUAAUUAAAACUUUAUUUAUGACAGUAUUCACGAUUAGCCUGAAAUGCAUUCUGUAGGUAAUCUCUCCCAUGUUUCUGGAAUGCUUUCUUAGACUUUUUGGAUGUGCAGCAGCUUACGUGUCUGAAAUGACUUGAAGGCAUCACCUUUUAAGAAGGCAUACAGUUGGGCACUGUACCAUCCCAAGUCCUCUGUAAUUCCUCUUGGACAUUUUUGCCAUAAUUGUAAAAGGGUAGUUGAAUUAAAUAGCAUCACCAUUCUUUGCUGUGGCACAGGUUAUAAACUUAAGUGGAGUUUACCGGCAGCAUCAAAUGUUUCAGCUUUAAAAAUAAAAGUAGGUUACAAGUUACAUGUUUAGUUCUAGAAAAUUUGUGCAAUAUGUUCAUAACGAUGGCUGUGGUUGCCACAAAGUGCCUCGUUUACCUUUAAAUACUGUUAAUGUGUCAUGCAUGCAGACGGAAGGGGUGGAACUGUGCACUAAACUGGGGCUUUUACUGUAGUAUUGGCAGAGUUGCCUUCUACCUGCCAGUUCAGCAGUUCAAUCUGUUUCAUAUAGAAUAUAUAUACUAAAAAAUUGAGUCUGUGAAACAGCCUUACUCUGAUUCAGCCUCUUCAGAUACUCUUGUGCUGUGCAGCAGCGGCUCUGUGUGUAAAUGCUAUGCACUGAGGAUACACAAGUAUGAUGUGUACAGGAUAAUGCCUCAUGCCAAUCAGAUGUCCAUCUGUUACUGUGUUUGUUAACAACCCUUUAUCUUAGUGUUAUAAACUCCACUUAAAACUGAUUAAAGUCUCAUUCUUGUCAUUGUGUGGCUGUUUUAUUAAACGAGAGUAUUUAUAGUUCAAAUUGCUUAAACCUAUUGAAAUGUCCAGUGAUGGGCACCCAAAUUAUGAUUACAAAGUUCCUGUAGGUUUUUCAGUUUUUUUCUUCCUCCAUGUUCUUCAAAGCAUGCCUUUGUCAGCUCAGGAGUAGACACGUAUCUGUCUACUCAUGGCUAAGAGAAGUACUUUGAGUUUCAGUCAGUCAUCACUUCGUAAAUUAUUCCAGGCAUAGUAAGGGAUAUCUUAAUCUUGAAAAGUUCAAGGUUUCUUUUGAGCAUGGUGCUUAUUUCUGUUUUACAAAGCCAGAUGUCUGAAGAUAGCACCCCCCCCCCACACACACACACAAUGGGCUUGAUGUCUCAGGUCUGUUCUGUGGCUUUCUGUUUUCUAACUCUGCAGUUGGCCAUCAGCACAUGGGAGGCUUCAUCAGGACUUGUCCCAUAUGAAGGUGGAUGUUCAGAAUAGUGGGCUCAAAUGUAAUCUCAUUUCUAAUACUCUUAAAGGUUAAAGUAAGGCAUAUCUUUUGAACAAAAUGUAAUUUUUGACAGUGUAGUUUGUACAGAUGUUCUGAAAGUAAGCAGACUGUUCAUGCCACUGUGGAAUUUUAAUGUUACAUAAAGUUUAUAGUUUCUCUGUGAUUUUCUUUUUUUUAAGUAGGCUGAGUAACAUAAUUGUGUAAAGGAAUUUGAAGAUUGUGUGAAUUCACACAUUUUCUUUAGAAUUUUUAGGUAGUGUGUAUGGGUUAAAACUUGAAUGUAAAGGUAUUUUGAUUUAUUAUAAGAUAGUGGAUGAUGUUUGAAAACUGUAGUUUCUUAGCAUUUUGCUUUUCGAUCAUGUCCCUAUUAUACUGUAAUUUGAGCUGACUUGGUUCAAUGAAUGCCAUCACCAUUUCCAUUGAGAAUUUAAAAAUCACCAGUGUUUAACAUGCAGGCUUCUGCAAGGCUCCCAAAAAAUCAAGACCCAUAAGUUCAGGUAAUUUACUUCUAGCAUGAAAUUUCUAGUUCUUUUAUAUUUUGCUAGAUAAUUUGCGAUACAUUUAAAGCAUAGUCCUCAAUGGCUUGCAGGUAGCUUUUACUUAUCAGUGCUGAUGCUAGGGCAGAGAGGAAUGUUGCUGAAUGGAAACAGCUACAGCCAGCCAGUCUGGUGCAGAGAACAGUACCUAAAACCCCAUCCACAGCCAAUGAAUGGAACACUUUUAAAGUAGAAGUCCGAAGAGAAUGGGUUUCUGUGGAAUUCCAUUGCAACAGGAAGCCUACUGGUCGAGGUCCUUUUAAUGUUAGAACACGUUUUUAUGGCUAUACUAUGGCUGUUCUCCAUCAUUCAACGGGUAUCAGGAUCUGGGCGAGUAGAUUUAAACACAGUGUGAGGAGAGCAGCAUAGUGUCAUUAAUAACAGGCCUCUGGCUCUUAAUUUAGCUAUUUUGAGAACUCUUUACCGACAUAGCAUGACAAUUCCCUUGCUCUCGACACACCCCAUAUUAUUAGAUAUAUUUUAGUGACUAAGCAAUCACCUUUUUGUUUACUCAUGUACAUUCUCUUUUAAAAACUUAAUGCUGUACUGUGUAUGUCUCCAAAGCCUUUUAGCUUAGUUUUUAGGAAAUGGCCACUGAUUGGGUCACUUUUUUAUGCAGCAGGUCUGGAAUAUGUGCAUUAUAGAGAGACCUUUCCAGUUCUGUGGGUCUUCCUGAAUGUUUAUUGUUGGCAUGAGGAUGGUGAAGAAGUAAGCAUGGUUAUAUUGGUUUAGCAUAGCAAGCUUAAUGUGGACGGUUGUCUUGGAGAACCAUUUGAAAGCAGGGUAUGUGAAGCACUGUGUGAGCAGUGACCUUUAUGACUCUAUUCCUCUUGAAGUUUGCAAACGGUUGAUCAGUUUAGAACAAAUUCGUAUCUAAUCCUGUCCCCUCAAUAAAAGCAAGAACUACUA